AGUAACUUGGCCGCCUUUUAUCGGGCGAGCGGCGAGGCGGGGAGUUUAUUGGAGCCGGAGCCGCGGCGCGGCCGGGGCGGGCAGCGAGCUCAGCGGAGGGCGGGGGGCCCGGCGCGGCCCGGGACGAUGCUGCGGCUGGUGUCGCUGAAGUUGGGGCGGCUGUACCGCUACGUGAAGCUGGCGGUGCUGGGCAGCCUGGCGGCGGCGCUGGUGCUGAACACGCACUCGCUGCUGGCCUCGCUGCAGCGCAACGAGCUGUCGGAGCGGCGCUUCCUGCAGCUCAAUAAGUGCCCGGCCUGCUGGGGCACCAGCUGGUGCCGCAAGUUCCUCAACGGGCAGCUGCGGCUGGAGAGCUGGGGCCGCCUGCGCCUGCUGGACUUCUUCAACGUGAAGAACGUGUACUUCGCGCGGUACGGCGAGCCCCGCGAGGGCUCCCGCCGCGUCGUGCUGAAGCGCCUGGGCUCGGCGCAGGAGCUCGCCGACAUCGACACCAAGAUCUGCCGCCGCGCCACCGGCAGGGGCCGCUGCGACCUGCUGCAGGCGCUGCCCGCCACCGAGUUCGCCAGCCUGAACGGCGACGUGCGGCUGCUCACCCCCGGCGCCGUGGAGGGCUGGUCCGACCUGGUGCACUGCCCCUCGCAGCGCCUGCUCGACCGCCUGGUGCGCCGCUACGCCGAGACCAAGGACUCGGGCAGCUUCCUGCUGCGCAACCUGAAGGACUCGGAGCGCAUGCAGCUGCUCAUCACCCUCGCCUUCAACCCCGAGCCGCUGGUGCUGCAGAGUUUUCCAUCUGAUGAGGGUUGGCCAUUUGCAAAGUACUUGGGAGCCUGUGGAAGGAUGGUGGCUGUCAACUACGUGGGAGAAGAGCUGUGGAGUUACUUCAAUGCACCAUGGGAGAAACGAGUGGAUCUGGCCUGGCAAUUAAUGGAAAUAGCUGAGCAGCUGACAAAUAAUGACUUUGAAUUUGCACUCUACCUCCUUGAUGUCAGCUUUGACAACUUUGCAGUGGGACCAAGAGAUGGGAAAGUUAUCAUUGUAGAUGCAGAAAACGUUCUGGUAGCAGACAAAAGGUUGAUCAGACAGAAUAAACCUGAGAACUGGGACGUGUGGUACGAGAGCAAGUUUGAUGACUGUGAUAAAGAAGCCUGUCUGUCCUUCUCUAAGGAGAUUCUUUGUGCUCGUGUCACUGUGGACCACAACUAUUAUGCCAUUUGCCAGAACCUUUUGUCCAGACACGCCACGUGGCGGGGCACCUCGGGGGGGCUCCUGCACGACCCCCCAGCUGAGAUUGCCAAAGAGGGGCGCCUGGAGGCCCUGCUGGAUGAGUGUGCCAACCCAAAGAAGAGAUACGGGCGGUUCCAAGCCGCCAAGGAGCUGCGGGAAUACCUUGCACAGCUCAGUAACAACGUGAGGUAGUCCACAGAGAAAUUCUUUGGCAGCGCUGGCUAAAACACUAUUGCAAAGACACGUAGAAAACAGAAGUUUUGGACUCGUCUGUUAAAAAGAGAGACUAAAAAACCCUAGUUUAUCAGUUUUCUAAAUACUGUAAAAAUAGAAUUUUAUGGUGUUCUAAUGUUCCUUUGCAAACAAACAAGGUACUUACUGAAUUAAAACUUGAGCUACUAUUGACUGUCCUCCCUAACAGUUCAAAAGGGAGUAGGUCACAAAAGACUGUGAUAGCUUAAUUGACAGCUUGUGUGUCAAAGGGUACUUUACCUAAAACUGCAUUAGUGUCACAGUUUUGUGAAACUGAUGUUCUUACUUGGAAAGUCAAGUUAGUCUGGUGGCCUGUUUUAAAGGCCUUUUUCCUGACAUCAUUGUCUCAUUUUUGUGUUUGUUUAAACACCUUGAAGUGGCAUUUACAUCCAGGUAAACCUAGCUGUCUGCAUUGUUUCAAACUGAACAGGCUUUCGUGUUAAUGCUGUGCAGAACAUUCCUACUGUGAGUGCAGGAUUCCUGAGUUUACUGUCUGAUUUUAGGGGGUUUUACACUGUAUUUUACUAUGCUUAGACAUUGUGGUUUGUUUUUUUAAGAUCAUCAUAAGCUCAAAUCUCACUUGAACUAACAUUCAUUUAAUGUCUUCUGUGGUACUGCCAUUGAAAAUAUCACUUAAUGUUACUGUCGUACAAAACUUACCCUUCAUGCCAGUAUAUACACAUGGCUGGUUAACAGGAAAUCAUGGUAUGUGCAAACUCUUAUUUUUAACAGAGAUACUUUGAAAAUUGGAAAGACACUACAAUAAAAAGAUCUGUGUUAAUUUGGGGAUAGAAGGUUGAGUAAAAAUAGAAAGUCAUUAAUCUGGUGUAGUUUUAGUAUAAGCCAAAGAAAAUGGUUUUGUUUACUGGUUUUUGAACAUACAGUAAACAAAGAAUGCUAUACUGUAGUGAAACUAACAAUUUUCAAAAUUCAGAUUUUGAUGGUCCUUGGUUACUUUCUGAAGAACUUCUGAAACUGUACUGAUGCUAGAGAAAACCCUAAUUUAAAUAAUGUCGAGCAAGUUAGCAGUUUGUUUUACAUCCUUCCUAAGUGUGUUGAAUGGAAUUUUCUGAAUAUUCAUCUUUUGGUUUACCAGUAAGCUGUAUUCACUCUAGGUACCUUUUCUUGGAAUAAGUUUGACUAUUCCCAGUACAGUUGAAAUUGACUUGUUGAGGUUUGUGUAAAUAUGGAGUUGUUCUCAUAAAUCACAGUUUUUAUAAAAGCCUCAGUUUCUGCUACAGGAACUCACUUGAAAGCUUGCUCCUCAGUUUUUG